GAACAGGUUUAUUCGUCUCCUAGAUCCAUAUAUUCAUAAAACUAUCAUGCUACGUUGGAUAACGGCAGGCAUUUCGAGAACUUCUGGAGCGUUAUCGGCUUUCAGACAGUCGAGUCCUUUUAGGGUUACAAGAAUCAGAGAGAUCAAAAACGGAAUCAGCAACAAUCCAACAAGAUACGCCUCUUCCUGGAGAAACGAAAGAAAAACAGAUGAUAAAAUUGAAUUCAAAUGGUUUCUUUUAGUAGGUGUCUUCGGUACCAUGGUUUACGUAACGGUGAUGCAAAGAAUUAAAGAACAAGAUCAUAGCAAGAAUAUUGAAAAGUACAAGAAAACUUUCACAGAGGAAGAAUGGACCAAGUACAUUAACGAGAUACAGAAGAAACGAUUAACAUUAGAAGCAAAGGAAGAAUGUUACCUCAUCCCUUAUACUUUUAACAGCCAGAGCUAUGCUAAGGCGAUCUCUUCAACAGUGGAUAAUUUGGGUGGAGCGGAGAAUGUUGGUGUUGUUGACCUGAACUCAUUAGUGACUGCGCAAUUGAACGAUCCAUUAGGGAAGGCGAAAUACCAUAUCUUGCUUGCGCAAUCAUUGGAGGCAGAAGAUGCUAACGCGCCAGGUUUCAAGUAUACCUUUACCUAUAAGUUAAAGCCUGGUAUUUUCACACAGAUUGUCAAUGAUGAAAUAUUGAGACUCAAAUCAGAAAACCCAUCUUUGGGCAGAUUUGUAAUCUUAAACUAUCCUCCAAAUAUCAAAGAAGCAGUGAAGUUUGAGCAAAAUGUUUGCAAUAAGGACACAUUACUCGUCCUUGAUAACAAGUUGGCCGAUUCCGAUAUUGUUCAGUACUUCGAAACUGUUGACAAAGUCAUCAGCUACAAAGAUCUUACUAAGAAGAGCCCGUUGUUUGUUGAUGCAAAGGCUGCACCAGCAGUGAUCCCUGAGAGCGAACCGAUGAAUGAAAGCAGCGUGGUACUCAAAGUUCUUCCCAAUGAAAAACCCACCGCUGAUGCACCUGCAAUAACCAAAGCACAAUAUAAGCUCAGAGAGCUUCAACAGCCAAUAAGGGAAUACGGUGAAUCGGAUGUGGAUGUGAUUAACAGACUAAAAAAGUUACAAAAGUAAUUAUGCUACCUCUUCUGAUCUGUAUAUAGAUAAGUGUGUUAUCAUGCAUGUGUAUAUAAUCUUUUUCAUUUCGUGUGUAUAUCGUCAUUUUAAUAUUUCAACGGCUUUGCUCGUAUAUGCAGAGUCUGUAUUCUGGCACUUCGA